UUUUUGGUCGAUUUUUGACAGGGUGCUAGAAAAUUUGUGUUUUUCUUGUUCGUGUGCGCGUAAGUCAGCAUGGAAGUGCAGGUGCUUGACUCUCGGUCGAAGAAGGCCGUGGCGGUGUUGAAGUCUGUGCUGCCGACGAGCACGAUUGCGGAAGUGAAGGAGUUGAUUCGGAAAGAGCGGAAACUCGAUGUAGACCGGAUGGAAAUCAGGCAGGAACCCAAGGGCAAAGGCGUGGGUGACGGGAAAACGCUCGAGGCUGUCGGACUGACUGCGUCUGGCACGUUAUACUUGAAGGAUCUCGGACCGCAAGUCGGAUAUCGGACUGUGUUUAUCGCCGAGUAUUUUGGGCCACUGGUGGUUUAUCUGCUGUUUUACGCGAGACCUGGUUUGGUGUAUGAUGCGGAAUUGUGUGCCAAGCAUCCCAUGUCUCUCGCUGCUCAGUUGGGAAUGUUUUGUUGGACCGGUCACUAUGCGAAGCGAUUAUGGGAGACCGUCUUCGUACAUCGGUUCUCACACGGAACAAUGCCGAUCCAAAAUUUGUUCCGCAACUGUAGCUAUUAUUGGGGAUUUGCAGGGUAUGUUUCUUACCAUGUCAACCAUCCCUUAUUCACAGCGCCGUGCUUAUUGCAGACCUACGUUGCGCUCGGUAUUUUCAUCUUGAGUGAACUAGGAAAUUUGAGCAUUCAUCUCGCCUUGAGAGAUCUGCGUCCACCUGGGACGAAAGAGCGGAAGAUCCCGAAGGCAACAGGGAAUCCCUUCACGCUUCUUUUCAAUUUUGUCUCGUGUGCCAACUACACUUAUGAAUUUGGAUCUUGGCUUGGAUUCACUGUUAUGACGCAAUGUCUUCCAGCUGGUUUAUUCGCCGUGGCGGGAAUGUACCAAAUGACUGUCUGGGCUCUCGGCAAGCACAGGAACUACAAGAAAGAGUUCCCCAACUACCCGAAAGGACAUACCCGUUGCUUUUAUUGUGAUCUCGUUGUUAUGGUUGGUUGUGAAGCGUGUUUUCAGCGUGCCUUGUGCCUCAGCCGUUCGUGGACGGUGACGGUGCUGGUUCUUGGUCUUGAUGGCUCAGGGAAAACAGUGAUCACCAAGCGACUUGCGGGUGGUUUGAUCUAA